ACUCUCAAUUUUCUCUUUCCUCGUAAUAUAUAAAAUCCAAGCUCAGUCCCACAGUCACAGUCACACUCUGUUUUCCACUUUCCUUCUCUCAUCCUUCAACAAUGGCAGCUUCCAAUUCCACUUCCUCCAUUUUCUUCCUUGUUCUCUUAUUCGUCACAGCUCUUUCACGUACAACUCCAGAUGCCUCAAGAACAACAUUCCUUAACGUUCCUUCCUCCAUUCAAAAAACCCUGAACCCUUUCUCAGUGGAUUCGUCUCAGGCUGUAAAAGCACUAAAGCAAGAUGAGAAUGUCAUUUCUACGUCAUCGUCAUCUUCACUGAGUCUUCAACUGCAUUCUCGAGUAUCAGUACGUGGUACUUCACAUAGAGAUUACAACUCACUUACACUAGCUCGACUUGAACGUGACUCAGCCCGAGUCAAAUCGCUUCAAACUCGUGUAGAUCUGGUUGUGCAACGGAUUACUAAAUCGGAUCUUAAACCGAUUGAAGUCGAGUUUCAAGCCGAGGAAUUGGAAGGGCCAAUUAUUUCAGGGACGAGUCAAGGAAGCGGCGAGUAUUUUUCACGAAUUGGCAUCGGUCAUCCGCCGAGUCAAGUUUACAUGGUGCUGGACACUGGAAGUGACGUGAACUGGAUCCAAUGUGCGCCUUGCGCCGAUUGUUACCAGCAAGCCGAUCCGAUUUUUGAGCCGGCUUCGUCUUCUACAUUCUCGCCGCUCACUUGUGAAACGCAACAGUGUAAAUCGCUUGAUGUUUCUGAAUGUAGGAACGACACGUGCCUUUAUGAGGUCUCCUACGGCGAUGGCUCGUAUACUGUCGGCGAUUUUGUGACGGAGAGAGUUACCUUUGGAGGCUCUUCUGCGGUUGAGAAUGUAGCUAUCGGAUGUGGACAUAAUAACGAAGGUUUAUUCGUCGGCGCCGCUGGAUUGUUAGGUCUCGGCGGCGGCGCGUUAUCAUUUCCUUCACAAAUUAAUGCUUCUUCCUUCUCUUAUUGUCUCGUGGAUCGUGACUCGGACUCGACAUCAACUCUCGAGUUUGGCGGAGUGAUAUUGCCUGACGCCGUUACUGCUCCGUUAAUCCGGAAUUCGAAGCUCGACACAUUCUAUUACCUGGAUUUAACGGGACUAAGCGUCGCCGGAAAUUUGCUUUCAGUUCCUCCUUCAGCUUUCAAAGUGAGCGAUAACGGCGACGGCGGCGUGAUUAUCGAUUCAGGAACGGCGGUGACAAGGCUUCAGACGGACGUGUACAACACGCUCCGUGACGAGUUCGUGAAAGGAACGAGGCACUUGCCGUCAACUAACGGCGUGGCGUUAUUCGAUACAUGCUAUGGUUUGAAAUCGAUGAAAAGCGUGGAAGUUCCAACGGUGUCGUUUCAUUUCUCUAACGGGAAAGAGUUACCGUUACCGGCUAAAAAUUACCUAAUACCGGUUGAUUCGUCGGGAACUUUCUGUUUCGCCUUUGCUCCAACGUCGUCAUCGCUGUCAAUUAUCGGUAAUGUUCAACAGCAAGGGACACGUGUCAGUUUCGACCUGAAAAACUCUAUCAUUGGAUUCUCAUCCAAUAAAUGCUAGUAAUAGGUACUCGUAAUUUAUUUAUUUCCUGUUUUACCCCUUGUUAGAAAGUUAUUUUCGAUUUUAGACUGGUCGGCCCCAUUUGAAAGAAGUGUAACGUGAAGAAGUGGGACCUGUUCAGUAGGGUGGGGUGUGUGUUAUUAUUGCAAUUUCCGUAUUGUGUUUUCUGUAUAGUAAUUUAUUGAUAGUGUGAGGGGCAUUAAUGGCAAUCAGCGAAAAAGAUAGUGAAUUUGAUAAUUUGAAGCUGCUGAUAACAGUACGUGAAUAGUGUUGAUUUGAUUUGGUGAAGUAGGGAUCAUGGUUAAAGUUUAUAACCUGGUCGGUGCAUGUGGGACACGUGGCUCAAUAUUGACUUUUAAGUAAUUUUAAUGCGUGAUAUAUGGAAAAUGAAUCCAUGCUGUUGGUUAUCUA